CAUCAUGAAAGAGAGGGUAGUUUUUUGUCUCAAUAAAAGAAGAUGCAGGCAACAGGGAACGAAACAACGUUUGCCGGGUCGUCGGGUCAUACAUAAUAUGAAUGCGCGCGAAAAACAUAACCUCAAAUUGGCAAAUUAAAUAAACCUAAUGCUACACUCCUGCAGAACUACGUUCUGUAUAUAAAGCCAAGUACACAUUCAGGAUACUCAGUGCAAACAUUGACGCGGCCGGGUUCGGGUCAUUAUUGAGAUUCCAUAAAAUAGAAACGAACUGUGAUGGAUUGAUAUUGCCGAUACAAUAAACAAACGAUAUGACGUGUGCAACAACAUCAGAAGUGAAACAGUUUCCGGAAGAGUUCACGUUGUCGAAAUGUCACGACGCCAUCUUCAAUUCGGAAUUUAAAAAUGACAUUUUACUUUUUUAUUUGAACACAACGUACAGAGCGUUGGUUACAGCUGCCGAGUUGCUGCGACAAAAUACUAUAUUUGUAUUUAUUUCUGUGAUAUUAGUAUUAAUAAUAUAUAUAAUUUAUAAAUCUUUUUGGAAUCCAAUACUGUAUACAAAGGAACUGACGGAAAUAGGCUUCGAACACAUAAAAUCUGGUCCCGACAGGGCCCUGCGUAUCGCUCGAGCUCAGAAUGCCAGGCGUCUGGGGUCUAAAGUACCACCUCCAUACCCCAACGGCUGGUUUGCGAUCGUCGAGAGCUCAAACUUACAGAUUGGCGGGGUCACUCCUGUCGAUGCUUUAGGUCAAAAUCUAUGCGUUUACCGCGGUGAAGACGGGGUUGCCAGAUGUGUGGACGCGUACUGUCCCCACUUGGGGGCGAAUCUCGCUGUGGGGGGCAACGUUUGUGGGAACUGCAUAGAAUGCCCAUUCCACAAGUGGAGGUUUGGAGAAGAUGGCUCGUGCGUUAGUGUACCAGGCCUUGAACAUGCUCCUCGAGGGAUCUCCAUCAAGACCUGGCCAACAGUGGAAGCUGACGGCGCUGUGUGGAUCUGGCAUGAUGCCGAGGGCCGGGAGCCGCUCUGGGGACUGGAAGAUGCACCGGAAGUGAAGAAAUGGGGAUAUAGGGGGAGGAACGAAUUCAUCAUCAGUGCUCAUAUACAGGAGAUUCCAGAGAACGGUGCCGACGUGGCCCACCUCAAUGCUGUCCACGCGCCGUCACUCUUGUCGCAGUUGGGCGAGAAGUAUCCAAUCCUUCUCAACUUCAUAGGCAGGCACGUGUGGGCCGCAGACUGGUCCAGAAACGAUGACCAUACCGCAACCAUGAGUUUGACGCACGACUACAAGAUAAUGAAGCUGAACUUGUUUCACGUGGGCGUGUCUGUGACUCAGAUCGGUCCAGGUCACGUCCGUCUAUAUUUACAGACGCCGGGAGGACCUAUCUUGGUGUCACAGUCAGUGACGCCCAUAGGUCCUCUACUUCAAAAGGUGGUGCAUAGACUGUAUUCGCCAACCUACAACGCGCCCGUAGGGGGCAUGUUCGUGAAAAUCGAAAGUUACAUGUUCGAACGCGACGUUGCCAUUUGGAAUAAUAAGCGGUUUGUUAGCUCACCAACAUACGUACGGACGGACAAACAGAUAAAGGCGUUCCGCAGUUGGUUCUCGCAGUUUUACAGUGAGCGCAGUUUGACAUUUAGAGAUGCCAUUCAAAAUAAACUGGAUUGGUGAAAUUGUGAUAGUAUUGAAAUUUCGUUAUUUUUAACGAGGAGUUAAAAAAUAACAAAAAAAUAUUGUAAUAAUAAAAUUUGUGAGAAAUAUACGUGUAUGUAUUCAUAAAGACAAAUGUGCCUUAGUUCUAGAUAUAUCAUUAUUACAGCCGUUUACUGUCCACUGCUGGACAUAAACCUUCCCGGUAGGGGAAUUUUUCCAGUAGUUGCUACGCUUGGCAGGCGAAUUGGCAACUGUAGUUAGGUUUAUAGAGAUAUUUUAAGAGAGACGCUGCUGCCCGUCUCUCGCCCUCCCUCAGUCGCCUCUUACGACACCCACGGGAAAGGAAGGGGUGGCCUAUUCUAUGCUGGAACCACACGGACGUUAGAUAUAUAGUAUAUACAUAUUAUUAGUAUAAAAAGCCAUUUCCUACGAGUUAAGUAUCUUUUUUAUUAUUUCUGAAAAUGUCGCGACUUCAUUUGUAAUUACAAAUAAUUUAUUGUUUUUAAUUAAUAAAAAUUGUUCUCUAUCGUAAUUUUUAUGUACUAAUUUGGUAAAAUUGAUUUAUGUAUUUUUUUUAAGAAAAAUUUAAUGUAAGUUAUGUGUCGUAUCAAAUGAAAUGAAAAUGACUAAAUUUUACAAACUUUUAACUUAGAAAUUAGAAAUAAAUUAAUAAUUUUAAAUCUUAUAUUCAAUGUAUAAAUUUAAAAGAAAAAUACAGGUUAAACUUUUCCUAUUAGUAUUUAAUUUUGCGGAAAGUACGUGUGUAAUUGAUUAUUAAAUAGCUAUUUUAAGAUAUGUGUAAUUAUUGAUUUAACUGUGGUAAAAACAAUAAAACAAGUUUUUGUUUUAUAAUAUUUACUUUUAUUUCCCCAUUGACUAGAAAAUGUUAAUUUACCCCUGAUAACCAAUUAACAAAAAAUACAAAAAUUCUUACAAAAAAACCAAUUGAUAAUUGAGAGCGCGCUCAGUCCACUUUUCACAAGUUCCGACAUCAUUAAUCUUUAAUAUUUACAGCGCCAUCUAUCCUUGAGUAGUCUCAUUAGUAUACAAAAGUUUAAACAAUCUCACUUGAAUGUAUUUGAAUAUUUACAUAGGUGUCUCAAAUUAUUGUCAGGAAACUCCAUUUCAAUGCUUUUAUAAGCAACGUUAUAGAAUUUUAAUAAAUACAAACACAAAAUCAUAAAAUAUAUCAAAUUUAAUAAGUGUUGCCGAAUGUAAUAUUCUAAGGCUAGAUCCACACUAUAAUGCUGGUGUCAGUUUGCUGUUGGUCUU